AUGCCACCUCGUCGUCGCACUGCCGCUCCUCGCGGCGCCCAGUCCACCCUCUCCUUCGGCAAUCAGUCGAGAGUCACCAAGCCGUCCAGCACCCCAGCCUCACUCCACAAGGGCAAGAGUCUCGACGCAGUGCAAUCAGUCUCGCCGGUCAGCACACCCGAGCCACAGGAGGUGCUUGCGGAGGCGCAUCCAUCAAAGCGCCAUGUCGCCGAGUUGGCAGUCCGACAACAGGCGGCUGCAGAAUUGAAGGAACCCCGAUCUGUGGAGGAUGAAGCAGCGUUGAAGCUGGGCAAAAAAGAUCUGGUUUCCUACUGGAGAACGGAAGAGCAAAAGCGAAAGGCGCCAAGGGUGCACCAAGGUGACCUCGAUAUCGAGGAGAAGAUCUUACGCCACUUUGAUCUAUCCAGUCAGUACGGGCCGUGUAUUGGUAUCGCGCGGGUGAAGCGCUGGCGUCGGGCCAAUAUGCUGAACUUGAACCCGCCUCUUGAAGUCCUCGCGGUACUGUUGCAGGACGAGAACGCCAAACAGCGAGCACGCAUGGAUGAGCUGCUGUCAUGA